UGAUGCAAUUCUCGCUAACUCACCGUUCAUUUACCGCUCUUUUGCUAACCUACGGAAACUCCGUCUCCUUCUUCUUCCUCACUGCCUUUAGGUUACUGUGAGAUCUCAAAUCCUCAAGCCUCUCCACUUUCCUCUGUUACCAAUAGUAAUUCUUCAUUUAACAGAUUAACUGACGCCCGUUAGGCUUCCGUCAAAUCUCAACUCCUUAAAUCUCUCUUUUUUUUUUUUUUUUUUUUUUUUUUUUUUCAAUCGGAAAUUUUCAUUUCUGCUUUUGGAUCUGCAUGGUGGGGUGCGAUUCAGGGUUUUAGAGUUGUUACUGAUUCAUUUUUCGUACAUUUUUUCAAAUUUGUGGCGUUGAAAUUAUCUUCUUCUGAGCGUUAGGCGUGGGGAUUUUUGGGUCGCGUAAGAGUGCGUGUGGCUCUCGUUCUAUUGUGACGCAGAUCUUCAUUUGCUUCUUUUGAGGGGGUAGCCGGGGCUCCGGCCUCGGCGGGUUUUAAAGCCCCCAGCUGUUACAAAAUCAUUUUUAAAAAUCGUGAAAAUAAUUCUAAUUUUUGUGAAAUAUUCAUUCUUUGAUUCUUUUAUCGGAUCGGAAAAGAGAUGCCGGCCUUGGCUUGCUGCUUAGACGCUUCUGUGGCGCCUCCUAUUGGCUAUGCCUUUGCCGGGGAAAGCGGUCUUCCGACGUCGGAGGUGUUCUCAUCCUCCGGUGAACCUCCUUCUACAAACAUCGCCGCCGCCUUUACUGCCAUGCCUGCCACCUGGGCACCCGCUCAGUCCGCCGCACUCUACCGGAUAAACGGGUGGGGUGCCCCUUACUUCACCGUCAACUCCUCUGGCAACAUUUCGAUCCGCCCCCAUGGUGUUGGGACGCUGGCCCACCAGGAGAUCGAUCUCCUCAAGGUGGUGAAGAAGGUCUCAGAGCCGAAAUCUUCUGGAGGGCUCGGGCUUCAGCUCCCUCUCAUUGUGCGCUUCCCAGAUGUGCUAAAAAAUCGACUUGAAUCUCUGCAGUCGGCUUUCAAUAUUGCUAUCCAAUCGCACGGCUACGAGGCCCAUUAUCAGGGCGUUUAUCCUGUGAAAUGCAAUCAUGACAGGUACGUGGUUGAGGACAUUGUGGAAUUUGGUUCGGGAUUCCGCUUCGGGCUUGAAGCGGGCUCCAAGCCGGAGCUUCUCUUAGCCAUGAGCUGCCUUUGUAAGGGAAACCCGGAGGCGCUUCUGGUAUGCAACGGAUUUAAGGACGCAGAAUACAUUUCUCUUGCGUUGGUUGCUAGAAAGCUGCAUUUAAGCACUGUAAUUGUGCUUGAACAAGAGGAAGAGCUUGAUUUAGUGAUUGAUAUCAGCCGGAAACUUGGUGUUCGUCCCGUGAUUGGUGUUCGAGCCAAGCUGAGGACCAAGCAUUCUGGACAUUUCGGGUCCACUUCCGGGGAGAAAGGGAAAUUUGGUUUGACGACAGUUCAGAUUCUUCGCGUUGUUAAGAAGCUCGAACAAUAUGAAAUGCUGGAUUGCUUACAGUUGCUGCAUUUCCAUAUUGGAUCUCAAAUUCCAUCCACUGCUUUGCUCGCCGAUGGUGUUGGUGAGGCUGCUCAAAUUUACUGUGAAUUAGUCCGUCUUGGUGCUUGUGUUAAAGUCAUUGAUAUUGGCGGAGGCCUUGGAAUCGAUUAUGAUGGCUCAAAAUCUCAGGAUUCCGAUAUUUCUGUUGGUUACAGUCUUGAAGAAUAUGCUUCAGCCGUUGUUCGGGCUGUUCAGUUAGUAUGUGACCGUAAGGGCAUGAAACAUCCAGUGCUUUGCAGUGAAAGCGGCCGUGCAAUUGUUUCUCAUCAUUCAAUUCUAUUGUUUGAAGCUGUUUCUGCAAGUUCCUAUCAAUCGUCUCCAAUGUCUUAUGGACUUCAGGACCUAGUCGAGAGUCUCCCUAAUGAUGCUCUUGCUGAUUAUGGGAAUUUAUCUGCUGCUGCGGUUCACGGUGAGAAAGAUACUUGUUUACUUUAUGCAGAGCAGCUGAAACAGAGGUGUGUGGAGCAAUUCAAAGAAGGGUCUUUGGGGAUUGAACAGCUGGCUGCAGUGGAUGGCCUUUGUGAAUUGGUUUCCAAGGUGAUUGGGGUAUCUGAUCCUGUCCGCACUUACCAUGUGAAUCUAUCAGUUUUUACCUCUAUUCCCGAUUUCUGGGGCAUUGGCCAGUUGUUUCCUAUCAUUCCAAUACACAGGCUAGAUGAGUGUCCUGCAGCGAGGGGGAUUUUGUCGGACUUGACAUGUGAUAGUGAUGGGAAGAUCGACAAAUUCAUAGGAGGUGAGUCUAGCUUGCCUCUGCAUGAGUUGGAAGGCAGUGGUUGUAUCAAUGGUGAUGGUGGGAGCUACUAUUUGGGGAUGUUCUUGGGUGGGGCUUAUGAGGAGGCGCUUGGGGGUGUUCACAACCUAUUUGGUGGCCCAAGUGUGGUGCGCGUGUCUCAGUGCAAUGGUCCACACAGUUUUGUCGUGACUCACGCAGCCCCUGGUCCAUCCUGUGGUGAUGUGCUACGGAUGAUGCAGUUUGAGCCCCACCUCAUGUUCGAGACUCUCAAGCACCGUGCAGAGGAGCUUGCCAACAAUGGUGAUGACGAUUCUAAUGGCAGCAUGGCUCUUGCCAGUGGCCUUGCCCGGUAUUUUGAUAGCAUGCCAUAUCUGGUGGCUGCAUCCUCUUGCAGCCUGACUGCUGCUGGAAGCAAUGGUUACUACUAUUGCAAUGAUGUUCCCAAUGUUGAUUCUGUUGCUGUGGAGGAUGAGCAGUGGUCUUACUGCGUUGCUUGAGUUUUUAUUACUGAAGUCUUGAAGUGUCUCUUGUGGUUUGUUCUUGUUUGUGGUCAAGGUUGUCCAUCUUCUGUUUUCGAUUCGAACUAUCCUCUUUUUAACUACGUUGUUCCUUUGUCCUUUUUACUUGUUGAUGAACAAGUCUUGUGCAUUCUGUGGAGUCGUAUUGGGAAAUUCGUUUAUCAAUUCCCCCCUUGCUUCAUGUAUUGCUUUUCAAUGACUUCUUGUAGGAUUUUAUUGCAGACUUUUGGUUUAAUGAGUAGUCUCUUAUGAUCGUAUCAUUUAA